ACAGCACCAAUAGAGAGUGAGAACCGGAAACCGCGGUUGCUUCAAUUUUGCUCAUCAACUGCAAAUCUUCGGUUUGUGUCGAGUUUUUAAUCAAACGGUCCAAAAACGAACAUCUCCUUGGUUGUUAUUGUUCCAACUCCAAUGUUAUUUGAAAAUGUUUUCAUUGUGUUUGUUAGUUAUUAAUAGCGUACUUGGUUGUUUAUUUGAGUGACGCAGGCGGCUUACACUUAUAGAGCUUUUACACUGCGGUGCUCUGGAAAGAUUUAGACAUAUUCAGUGGGUGUUGGAGUGAGCUAGGGGAAAGUAGGCGAGGUUUUCUCUCUCUCUCUCUCUCUCUCUCUCUCUCUCUCUCUCUCUCUCUCCUUCGCCGUACUGACCCGCAGCCACGUAGCAGAAAGGAAGAAAGAAAGAAUAGAGAGAACGGAGUUUCCUAUUAUAGCUUUCUUGCUAGCUGCGCUAGCUGUCGGUACCAUAAUUAUUCUACAGGCUCUUCAUUCACAACCCGGAACUUUUAAUAAACAAGCUAGCGUACACAACAAUGGACCCUGAAGAUAUGGAUGUCGGAGCAUAUGAACAUCAGAUUAUGAAGGAGGAGGAUGAUAAGAGCACAGCUGAAAAGAAGACAGAUGGGGAGGAAUUCAGAAAAGCUGGAAAGCCCUCUUCUCGUAUCCCCACUUUCCAAAGCUCGCUGGCACGCAAGCGAACCACCACCCAAACUGCAGAGUCACAGCUGGCAUCGAAGCCAGAAGGAUCCACUCGAGAAACCCAAAUGAAAGAGAGAGGGAUAGGCUCCGGCGAGACGCUGCGGACAAAAUUGCCGGUGUUUGGUGACCGAGAAACAGCCUUGCCUAUUCCGUCAACCCGCAUACACUCACACAGCACUGAUGAUCUCUCUGCUGCCUGUAUGACAGACCCUGUCCUAUCGGAAACUCCAGAGACUGCAUCAGUUCCAUUUCAUGCAGACCCCUCUCCUGAAACAAGUGAUUCUGAGAGUCUCAUAGAACCACUUCAUCAACCAAGUCUUAGAGUAGAGUCUUGUGACACUAAUUCAGUCACAGAACUAUCUGCAGAGCCUCAGGAUAUAAAUAAAGAGAUUCAGUCGAAUGACAAGCAAGAAUCAGAUACUUCUAUUCAGGAGCAUAUUAAAGAAAACCUCAUGGAAGUUAUACAGGAUAUUGGAGAUGAAUUAGAGGAGAAACUUGUAAAAGAAAUGCUGUCAGAAUCAAUAAUUCAGGAUGUCCAGGAGCAGUGUCUUGCAUUAAAAGAGGCCGCAAAGCUUCCAGUCGAAGUGUCCCCUGAUCCAGUUCUGAACCAAAAUGAUGUAGACACCCCUGCUAGGAGUACAACGGUCCAUUCAAGACAGGCAGAACAAAAAAACAACACAUCCUCAAGGACAAGAGGAAGGAGCUUUUUGCUCUUCUGUUUUUUCCCAUCUGUCCUUUUGCUUCUGGGUGGAUUUGGUCAACACAUAUGGCUCUAUGGGGUCCCUAUGUCCAUAUCCCACCUUAUGGUGCAGCUAGAACUGCACUGGCUUGAAGGUUUCUGGUUGCCCCAAGAGGAAUGCAGCUCUAACUGUAGGAUGACUCUUACUGAGAGUAUACCUGAAGGAAUGCUCUACCCCUCUGGUUCCCCCCACCUGCAGAACAUCACCCAUACCUGGAUGAACCUGCUGAGCCGAGCUAACAGCUCUGUCAGCAUUGCUGCUUUCUACCUCACACUCAGAGACUCUGAUAUUGGCCUGUCUGAUCCCAGCGCAGUACAGGGUAAAGUGCUGUUAGAUCACCUGAAGCAGCUUGCAUCUAGAGGUGUGAAUUUAAAGAUUGCAGUUAAUGCUCCUCAGACGUACAGAUCAGACACAGACGAGCUAACAGGAACAGGUGCAGAAGUCAGAGAAGUUAACCUAAAAAACAUCACUGGAGGUAUCGUCCACACAAAGCUUUGGGUUGUGGACAACAAACACAUGUAUGUAGGAAGCGCAAACAUGGACUGGCGCUCGCUAACCCAGGUGAAGGAGGUUGGUGUUUCUGUGGAGGACUGCAGCUGUUUGACGCAGGACGCAUCACGGAUAUUUGGGGUCUACUGGGAAAUCGGAGCUCAGAAAAAUAGUACCUUACCUCCCUACUGGCCUGGCCGAUUCUCCGCCCUCUCCAGCAUUAAGUACCCAUUAACUGUUAAAUUCAACGGUGUUCCUGCACGUGUCUAUCUGUCUAGCUCUCCACCUCAAUUAUCUACUUAUGGAAGGACAGAUGAUCUCUCAGCCAUUCUCUCUGUAAUUGCUGAUGCCAAAGAAUUCAUCUAUGUGUCUGUGAUGGACUACUUUCCCAUGUCUCAAUUCACUCCUGAAAUAAGAUACUGGCCUGCUAUUGAUUCAGCACUGCGGGAGGCUUCAUGUGCCCGGAAGGUGGAGGUGAAUCUGCUGGUCAGCUGCUGGAGUCAUUCUUCAGGAGCCAUGUUCAUCUUCCUGCAGUCUUUAUCAGUACUCAACAAGACACCACUCAGAUGCAACAUUCAUGUUAAAGUUUUUGAGGUCCCUUCAACACCAACGCAACAUCAGAUCCCUUUUGCUCGCGUCAACCAUGCCAAGUAUAUGGUAACAGAUCGCGUUGUCUACAUCGGGACUUCGAACUGGUCUGAAAAUUACUUCUCCCAGACAGCUGGAGUUGGACUUGUGGUGAAUCAGACAGGCUCUGUGGUGGAAAAGGGCCAACAAACAGUGCAAAAUCAACUACAGAAGAUUUUCCAGAGAGACUGGAAUUCUGACUUUGCACAAGCUCUCUCGGAUGAUCAUGCGGAGUAUUGCACCAGGAGGAAAAAAGCAUUGUAGCGAUGUUAUAUAAUAGACUUCAGAAUGAAUGCACUAUUUCCGUUCUGCCUUGUGACUUGCUUUAUUUCGGAUAUGUACCUAAACAUGCUUUAUUCUGGCCAACAUUCGGUCAUGACAGUAACUGUUCUGUAAUGUAUAUAUUUUAUUAGUCUGGUGUAAAUGUUUUUUUUUUUUUUUUUAAUGAUAUGAUGACGUGCAUCUUUUGCAUAUACUUAAAGCUGAGUGUCUGCAGGACUUGUGCUCAGAAGUCCAGUGUAUAAACAGCAUGCGUUGUACUAAUGCUUUAUUGUUCUAUUCAGAGAAAUAAUCCGGUUCAUAAUUAAAAACAUUUCUGUUCCUGA